GUGUAUAUACCAGGAACGAACGAACGAACAAACGCGUACCUAGUGUUUCUUUAUAGUUUGCUUUGUGGUCACAAAUUAUAAAGAAGAGGUGAUAUGAUAGUGUGUGAUUUGAGGCAACAAGGAUUUGAAGAAUAAUAUAAAACUAUGGCUUGGACGGGGUAUCAAAAGUUUCUUGCAAUAAUGAUGGUUAUUACAGGCUCAAUUAACACUCUGAGCACUAAGUGGGCUGAUAAAUUGGAGUCAAAAGGAUCUAAUGGAGAAAUCAGAGCUUUUAAUCAUCCAUUUCUUCAGGCAGCGACAAUGUUCUUAGGGGAAAUAAUGUGCUUAGUGACUUUUAAGAUGGUGUAUUUUAAAACAAGAAAUACGGGCGGACAUAGUUUGACACAUGGCAACCAGAAUUUUAAUCCUUUUAUAUUAAUGCCGGCUGCAAUGUUUGACUUGAUUGGUACGUCAAUCAUGUAUAUAGGCCUUACUCUCACUUAUGCAAGCAGUUUCCAAAUGUUUAGAGGAUCCAUCAUCCUUUUUGUUGCAGUGUUCUCUAUGACAUUUUUAAAUCGACAAAUAAUUACUAGAGAGUGGGCUGGAAUAAUUGGAGUGCUUUUGGGUCUUGUAAUAGUUGGAGCUACGGAUGCCAUAUACCAAUCUCCAGGCGAGGCUAAAGGAAGGAACAGCCUUAUAACUGGCGAUAUGUUAAUCAUUGUAGCCCAGGUUGUUUCUGCUUGCCAAAUGGUAUAUGAAGAAAAAUAUGUUGCAGGCUUAAACAUCCCAUCAAUGCAAGCAGUUGGCUGGGAGGGAAUAUUUGGUUUCUCCGUUCUUUCACUACUGCUGGUGAUAUUUUACUGGGUACCUGCACCGAGCCACUUCGGAAAUAAUCCCCGAGGCACUGUGGAAGACGCGAUUGAUGGCUUAAUACAAAUUGGCAACAAUCCACUUCUACUCAUGGCAGUGAUAGGAACAAUAAUAUCUAUUGCUUUCUUUAACUUCGCUGGAAUAAGUGUUACCAAAGAAAUGUCGGCGACUACAAGAAUGGUGCUAGAUUCUAUAAGAACGUUCGUCAUUUGGAUGGUAUCACUGGCGGUUGGUUGGCAAGCAUUCCACUGGCAACACCUCGUAGGCUUCGCGAUACUAAUUUUAGGCAUGUUUAAAUAUAACGGUGCGUUGCCAGAAUGCUGGCCCCUUCGUGGAAAUAAUGCAACUGUUCCUGUACCACAAGAGGAACCGGGUGUGGUGAAUGCUGAAGCAGAUAGAAUGGAGCAAGAAGCAUGAAGGUAAUAUUGCUGGUUCCAUCACAGCAUAAAGAAAUCAGGGAUAUAUAUAUAUAUAUAAUCUUAUUAGAUAUAAGCUGUGCGUAUAUAUGAUUUAUUAAACAUUUUAUAGUCUCAUUAGCGUUUUUUUGGUAUUAAUUUUAGCUAUGCUUAAUUCAUAAUCAUUUAGUGUCUGCGAUUUAGAUAUAAUACAUUUGUGAAUUAGAUAGAAAAGCAAUAAAAUUUAAAUCUAGAUAUUAUAUUACUUCAUUUAAUUAAACAUUUUAAAUGACUUCAUAAAAGGAAGUUAAUUUGACUGUAUUUUCUCUUAUUUAAUAUUUGUGCCAGUUAUAGUCUUUCUACAAAAAGUUAUAAUGGAUUUUGAAGGACAAUCAUUUUUUUUAUUAAUAUAAGACUUAGUGUUUUUAGACUUCCUCUUUAAGUUUAAGCUUUGAUUACUUGUUUUAAAAAAAAUGUUAAUUUACUUGUUCUAUUUUCUAGUUAUGUAUUAAUUGUAUCAGCAUAUAUCGAUUAUACAGCGUGUCCAGGAGGGGAUGUUUUGUUUUGAUUUAAAUAAAAUUCAUUCAUGAAUUAGUAUUACAAAUAAUUAUUCUAUAAGACUGUGCUACUUUGGUGCCGUGACCAUGGAUACACUACGUGAAUAAUAAUUCACUUAGAGUACUAAGCGAUACCACUCUUGUAAGUGAAUUCUGAUGUUCAUUGCCAGCGAUACCUUGCCAUGAUCUGUUAAGUUUUUUUUUUAUUUGCAAGGCCAUCAGCUACCAUAAGUAGGAUAGAUAAUACUAUUAACUACAGUAAGCAAAUUAAAGGUCCUCACUAAUAGUUAAAAAAAAACAUUGGUAAGAAAAGUGGUAUUUGAUUUGCUAGAAGUGAAUUGUAAACAGACAUAAAUUAUGUAGGCUAUAAUGCAGAUUAUAUUUAUAAAUAUAUCUUAAUAAAAAGUUAUACGAGAAUUCAUCGGUUUCUAAAGCAAUGUUUCAACGCUUAGAUAUAAAAGAUUAUUAAGCUUAUUGGUUACAUGCAUUAACUUUGCUAAACUACCUUCUAGUUCCUUGUCUUUAUUUAAAUAACAACCGGUUACGUCGUUAAGAUAUUUAUUUUUAUUUGUUUUAUUAAAUAUUCGCUUCUGGACACCAUUUACAAAAUCAUGUCGAGAUCUCUAUCAAUUUCCAACUAUCUGUGUGUUAUGUAAUUGUGAUAUUUAAAAUAUUAUAUUGGCCUAGAAUAUAUAUGAUGCUAAGCUCAAUUUGCGUAAGAAACGUAAGUGUAGUAACGAUACUCAUUGAAUGCUCGCUCAAUUUGCUGGUAAAAUGCAAAUAUUUUUAUACCGUUUUAUGUAUAUGUUACGUUAUAUAGUUAAUUAAAUUCUAAGUAAAAUGAAACCAACUUUAACUUAUAUAUUACAAAGUAAAUUGGACAUCAUUAAAAAAAUCCCAUGAACUGAAUUAGGUUAUGUCUAUUAAUUAAUGUUUAUAAUAAACCAAAUAUUAAUGUUAAAAAAGUAACAUUUUAAACAAUUUAUCUUAAAAAUUAAGUCUUAGGGGAAAAUCGACAAUGGGCAUUUAAACACUGCCGUAUUUACUUGUUUGCGCUUAUCAAAAAUAUAAAGAAAAAAUAUAUCGUGAGAGGUAAUUUAUCUAAAUAUUGUAACUAUAUCUCUCUAAUUAACACAUUUUCAUUUUUAAAUAAUUUUCAAGUUUUAAUGAAUUCUAGUAAAACAAUAUCCUUGUGACCAAUCUUUACUUUUACUAGUAUGUAACUGUAAUGGUCCCAUACCAUCUUAUAACAAAAAUUAGUUGAUAAUUAAACUGGUUUAAACUAAAGUCUGUUUUAAGAACGACGCGACGUCGAAUUAAAAUGUGAACUUCACGACGCCGCCAAUAAUACAGAGACAGUGCCGCGGUUAAGGGACCUCAUUCGUGACAAAUUGUUAAAUCCGAAACUUCAAUAAACCACGUCACGGUAUUAUCACUAUAUGUGAUUUGUUGAUGGUACAUACAUAAACACUCACGCCUGCCACCCAGAGGGGUAAGCAGAGACUACGGACUUCUAUUUGACAUAAUUUUGACACACAUCACGUCUUCUUUACAUUUACCUUCGCAUACAUGCUCGUCGAUUAAGGAUACUCUUAAUCUGUCCCAUCUUCAAUAUAUUGUAAAUUUUCUUUGAUAGUCUAGUUUAAAGUCUUUCUCACGAAAUAAGUCUCUUAGCCGCAGCAUCGCAGUCUGCCGAAUUUGGCAUUUGCUGCCAAAUUGUAAACUUUAUAUUUAAUUUGCUUAAUUUCCACUGGGCUUCUCUCUUGAAACAGACUCUAGUUUAAACCUGAAACUAAUGAUACCUUUUGUAAUGAGACUUUUAGUGUUUUAGGAUUUUUACUUAUUACUAAAGCUAUAUUAGUUAAACGCAGUUAAUGUUGAUCGUAGCAAUAUAAAUGUGCUAUGUGUAUUAAGAAAUUAAAGCGUUUACAUCUAUGAUAUGCUUUUAGCAAGUCGUAAGUCAAUUAAAAACACACCAUUUUUACACAAGACUUAAUUUUUAUACGUGGUAGAGCCAUGCUGCAGCUAUAUUAUGGUUGUAGCACGAAUGGGUCGGCUCGACCGGGGAAGAACCACGCUCUCACAGAAAACCAGCGUAAAAUAGCAGCUUAACGCUGCUGUGUUUCGUAUGGUGAGUGUAGAGAACCGGAGACCCUUUUUACUGGCAAAGAGGCAUUCCAUCUUAGUCCUCACGGGUGACAACGCAUCUGCAUCUUGAGUCUUUAUUGAGGAUAGAUGUAGAUGUCUAUGGGUCACAGUAACCACUUACCAUCAGGUGAACUGUGUGCUCGUUUGUCACCCGAUCCUAUAAAAAAAAAAAAAAAAAAAAACCAUUUCACUUUUUAUACAUGUUUCUGUUUACACUAAGUAUUGUACACACACAUGUUAAUGAAGCAUAUCAUUUCUCGGUGUUAGUUUGAGUAUGUAUUAUGAUUUUAUACAUACAUCAGGUUAAGGCGUAAUCAUCAAUGGGUUGACGAAAACUCUAAUAUAAAUAUCUCAAAUAAAAUAAGUAUAACAAUUCAUUAAAUUUUAGAUUGUAAAUAUAUAUUGUUACAAAAUUAAGAAACGACUGAGCCUGCAGCGUGUAUUUGAAUCCGCCACUGUCGUUAACUACUGCUAACAUAAGCAUUUGAAGUUUACUUGUAGCUGUUAACGCGGUAAAAUUUGUAAUGUUAAUAUUAAGAACAUUACUAGUAUAUUCAAAACCAAAUAUAACAGUAAAAAAAAGGAAUUUUAAUAUAAUCCGCCAAUCGCUUGAACCGUUUCAUGAACCAUAGGUAAAACAAUCCAAAAAAAUCUAUCAUUAUAUUAAAAUGUAUCAUUUGAUUAGUUUGUUAAAUAUCAUGCAAGCCAAAUACAAGCCGUUUUUGAAUUACGGAUACCAUUUAAAUAGAUUUUUUAAAUAUCUGUACACUCUAGAACAUACAUGUAAUGGUUUCUUUUAUUAGUUUUUAGUUAAGUAUGUUUAACUAAAAUAUAUAUAAUUUUAUAAACAUUUAAAAUAAAUCAAUAAUAUCUU